UUAUGAGCCGCUGCCACCGCCUCCGCCACCUCUUGAAGGUCUGCUUUUCCUACUCCUAAUAAGACUGCUCGUUGACGCCACGGAACAGGGGAAGAAAAAGGUGGAGAGUAACAGAACUGCAGGAGGAGGAGGGAGGAGAAGGAGAUGGGAACGUCGGUGCAGGUGAAGCCACUUUGCGGAGUCUACAAUGAAAACCCCCUCGCCUACUUGGUCUCCGUCGACGGCUUUAACUUCCUCGUCGACUGCGGUUGGAACGACCACUUUGAUACCUCUCUUCUGGAGCCCCUCUCCAGGGUGGCUCCAACAGUGGAUGCUGUCUUGCUUUCACACUCAGAUACUCUUCAUCUUGGUGCUUUGCCUUAUGCCAUGAAGAAACUUGGACUCUCUGCUCCUGUUUUUGCAACGGAACCUGUGUACAGAUUAGGCCUAUUGACCAUGUACGAUCAGUAUCUCUCACGCAAGCAAGUAUCCGAGUUUGACUUGUUUACAUUGGAUGAUAUCGAUUCUGCUUUCCAGAACAUUACUAGAUUAACCUAUUCUCAAAACUAUCAUAUUUCUGGGAAGGGAGAAGGAAUAGUUAUUGCUCCCCAUGUAGCUGGUCAUCUAUUAGGUGGUACAGUUUGGAAGAUUACAAAGGAUGGGGAAGAUGUUAUCUAUGCUGUUGACUUCAAUCAUCGUAAAGAGAGGCAUUUGAAUGGAACUGUCUUGGAGUCAUUUGUUCGUCCAGCAGUCUUAAUUACAGAUGCCUAUAAUGCCUUGAACAACCAGCCAUCAAGACGUCAAAGAGACCAAGAAUUUCUGGAUGCCAUUAUGAAGACCCUAAGAGCAGAUGGAAAUGUAUUAUUACCGGUGGAUACUGCUGGUCGAGUAUUGGAGCUGAUACUAAUAUUGGAACAGUUCUGGGAACAGCAUAAAUUGGCCUAUCCGAUAUUCUUCCUCACGUAUGUGUCAUCUAGCACAAUUGAUUAUGUAAAAAGUUUUCUUGAAUGGAUGAGUGAUUCAAUAGCGAAGUCUUUUGAGCACACACGUGACAAUGCUUUUCUUUUGAGGCAUGUCAAACUUUUAAUCAACAAGAGUGAUCUUGAAAGUGUUCCAGAUGGCCCAAAGGUUGUUCUAGCAUCCAUGGGCAGUCUAGAAGCUGGUUUUUCACACGAUAUUUUUGUUGAAUGGGUUUCUGAUACCAAGAAUCUUAUACUUUUUUCCGAAAGAGGCCAGUUUGGCACUCUAGCUCGUAUGCUUCAAGCAGAUCCACCGCCUAAAGCUGUUAAAGUUACUAUGUCAAAGAGAGUACCCUUGGUUGGGGAAGAAUUAGCUGCUUAUGAAGAAGAGCAAAAUCGAAUAAAAAAGGAGGAAGCUCUUAAAGCUUCUCUUAUUAAAGAGGAGGAAUCAAAAGCAUCUCUUAGGACUGAGCUUCCUGUGAACGACCAGAUGGUUCUUGAUGCUAACAAUACCCAUAGUUCCUCAAAUGCAAUUGGCCAACGUAGUGAGGCUUUCAGGGAUGUACUAAUUGAUGGAUUCCUACCUCCUUCAACUAGUGUUGCCCCAAUGUUCCCAUUCUAUGACUGCUCGAGUGAAUGGGAUGAUUUUGGUGAAGUCAUCAAUCCAGAUGAUUAUGUAACUAAAGAUGUCAACAUGGAUCAGAUGCUAAUGCCUGUUGAUGGAGACCUGGCUGGAAAACUUGAUGAAGGAUCUGUUAGUUUGAUACUUGAUACAACACCUUCAAAAGUCGUUUCUACUGAGCUGACGGUCCAAGUAAAGUGUUCUUUGAUUUAUAUGGACUUCGAGGGCCGGUCUGAUGGCCGAUCAAUCAAAUCAAUUCUAGCCCAUGUAGCCCCUCUUAAGUUGGUCCUGGUCCAUGGAUCAGCAGAAGCCACCGAGCAUUUGAAGCAACAUUGUUUGCAACAUGUUUGUCCUCAUGUGUAUGCUCCCCAGAUUGAGGAGACAAUAGAUGUCACAUCCGAUUUGUGUGCCUAUAAGGUUCAACUUUCGGAGAAACUAAUGAGUAAUGUCCUGUUUAAAAAGCUGGGAGAAUAUGAAAUAGCGUGGAUUGAUGCUGAAGUGGGGAAGACAGAAAAUGGCAUGUUAUCUUUACUUCCUCUUUCAUCUCCUGCUCCACCACAUAAAACAGUGCUGGUAGGUGAUAUUAAAAUGGCAGAUUUCAAGCAGUUUCUUGCAAGCAAGGGUGUCCAGGUGGAAUUUGCUGGUGGAGCAUUGCGAUGUGGGGAGUAUGUAACACUGCGCAAAGUGGGAGAUGCAAGCCAAAAGGGUGGUAGUGCUGCUAUUCAGCAAAUCAUUCUUGAAGGCCCCUUGACCGAGGAAUACUACAAAAUCCGGGAGUAUCUGUAUUCACAAUUUUAUGCUCCAUAGUUGGACGAUAAAUCGUGUCUAGGCCAUUGAUCAUACAACAUGCUUGUUUCCGUCAUGCUGUGAUUUUCCUCCUGUCCAUAUCCUUUCCCAGGAAAACCAAUACUGCUUGGUGAACCUUUGCUGCUUUUAUGGCAAGGCAGCUUAAGGAGAUGGUUGGCAAGUUGCUGAUCAAUUUUGUACCCUAAAAUAUGUAUUAGUUCCAGUUUAUUACCUGCCAUUUGAUUUUCGAUUUGUCGUAGGAGCACGAGACGAUUAAACUCAUUGUUGGCAACAAUUGUAAUUUGUAAUAGUUUGGCCUGGAUAAGGUAUAGCGAAAUAGAUGGCUUCCAAUUCUUUCUUGUUUUCCAUAUUUGACGUCCUUAGUGUGAAGGGAAUUAUUCCAGAACUGGAGAGAUCUUUCUGUUUUGCGAAGCUAAGGACUUGCAUAUAUUCAUAGAUGUUGUUUAACAUCUGCACAGUGAUGAUCAUAAUUUCAAAUCAAGUGAAUUCGUAUUCCGUUGGA